AUGACUUCUCCUUACGUGGUCGAGACACAUAAUGGGGGGUUUAACUUCGAGAACUGCUACAGGAAUUCGCAGUUGCAAGCUUCUGGCGAUCAAACCACAAAGCUCAAAGCCAAAAAGACUGGCACCACGAUAGCCGGGGUGAUUUUCAAGGAUGGGGUUGUUCUGGGUGCAGAUACCCGUGCUACAUCAGGGGAAGUUAUCGCUGAUAAGAACUGCUCCAAAAUCCACUACAUCGCCCCAAACAUCUACUGCUGUGGUGCAGGCACAGCGGCCGACACAGAGAAGACGACAGACAUGCUGCGCUCCAACCUGACCCUGCAGGGCCUCUCCCUGGGCCGAAACCCACGCCUCAUCAUGGCCUGCCGCAUCCUGCAGGACUUCCUCUACAGGCACAGAGGCCAGAUCAGUGCCAUGCUGCUGCUGGGAGGGGUGGACUGCACCGGCCCCCACAUCUUCACCGUUGGCCCUUACGGCUCCGUCAAUAAGGCUCCCUUUGAAACAAUGGGAUCUGGAGAUCUCCCAGCCUUGGCAGUUUUUGAAGACCGUUACAAACCCAAUAUGACUGAAGAGGAGGCCAAAAAAUUGGUGCGGGACGCCAUCACGGCAGGAAUCACAAACGACCUGGGCUCCGGGAGCAACGUGGACCUCUGUGUCAUCAGGAAGGACGAGGUGGAGUACAUUCGGCCCUUCGAGGCUUCCAACUACAAAAGCCAGAGGGUGGGGAAAUACAAAUACAACAAGGGAACCACACCUGUCCUUAGUGAACAGAUCACAAGGCUGCAGGUGGAUCUGGUUGAAGAGUCUGUGCAACAAAUGGAGGUUGUAUAA